UUUUAGUAAAAACAAAACUAGAAAUACACUUUCAUAAAAUACUGCACUGGAUCAACAAUCAAUCUGUAAAUUGUAUGCAUUUUCGUGUCAAUAAAAUCACAUAAUUGUUUCUCCGGACCAUUAAAUUUUUUGGGCGCGAAAUUCCAAAAUUCGCAUUUACAAAAUUCCUACAAGUUCCCGCAUACACUCACAUUCACACAGACUCACACACACACAUACAACAUUGAGCACAGAGGAACAUGUUCACAAAGAAACAAACAGUACACUUAAUUAGUAUUUGGCUAUUGCAUUUAUUCAUAGAAAUUGUACUGUGCAGUACACCACAAGAAGGAUUCGCUUUCACAUCGAAAAAAAUCCCGGAACAUUGUGGUCGUAAUGCAUUCGAUGAUGAAUGGCGUAAAUAUUUCGGCCGAUCAAUUAAUAAACGUAUUGUUGGUGGACAAGCCACAGCCUAUGGUGAAUGGCCAUGGUUAGCAUCGUUAAUGUUUUAUCAAACAGUGGAACAAGUAAUCAAACAAAAACAGUUACAUACAAAAGCUGAUGAAGAAGAAGAGGAACUGGAAUUUUUAGAUAAAAUCAAUACAACUGAUGAGGCAGUUGUUGAAGAAGUUGUCGAUCCGUUUAUACCACCUACCUUGGUUUAUAAUUAUCCAGAUGGUAGUCGACGUUUUCAUUUAUGCGGUGGUACAUUGAUACAUCCUCAGUGGGUAUUGACAGCGGCGCAUUGUUUUGUUCCAAAUCAAGUUUAUCCAGAUCUAUCUGAUAAUCCAACAAGUUGGAUUAUACGAAUUGGUGAACAUGAUAUGUUGAAUGAAACAAUGGAACAUUAUGAUAUGGACGUUGAUCACAUAUAUGUACAUCCCGAUUAUAAAGUUGCUUUUAGUAGCGGUAAUGAUAUAGCUUUGGUCAAAUUGAUAGAACCAGUAAAAUUAGGUAGAUAUGUGAAUAUCGCUUGUAUACCAUGGUCGAAAGAACAAUUGAAACCUGGUCAAGAAUGUAUGAGUGUUGGUUGGGGACAUGAAACUGAUGGAGCAAAACAUAUUUCUACAAUUCUAAAGCAUGUUAGCGUACCAAUUGUACCAAACGAUCAAUGUACACUGAAUUAUGCCACUCUACGUAAUGGACCAAAUCCUGUUGAUGUGACCAUUGAAAAUAAUGUGAUUUGUGCAGGACUUGCCGAAGGCGGUAAAGAUGCAUGUCAGUUUGAUUCUGGUGGUCCAUUAAUGUGUUUUAUGAAUCGGCAAUGGAUUGUCAGUGGAAUUAUUUCUUUCGGUUAUGGUUGUGGCAGAGCAGGUUAUCCUGGAGUAUAUACACGUGUUUCUGAUUAUAUUCCAUGGAUUCAACGUAUAGCGGAUGUGUUUACUUUUUAAAGUGAAAAAAAAUCAAUAAUAUUUAUUGAGUUAUCUGUAGAGAGAGAGAGACAGACAUAGACAGACAGACAGAGAGAGAGAGAGAGAGAAACACAUACGUGUUGACAAUAGUUAUAUUAUUAAUUUGAACAAAUUGUGAAACAAAUAAAAACUUACAGAGAAAAUAAAUGAAUUUAAUUUUGAAAUAAACCA